CCGCCAGUCAGCCAGGCCCAGCUAAGGUAAAAAGGACUGUGGCCUGAAGAGCAGAGUGACUGAAGACCAGAGGGCAGAAGAGAAGGGAAGAGCAGAGGCACGAGCGGCGGCAGUAGAAGCAGGAUGAUGAGUCAUUGUCAUAGUAGCUUGUGGGCAAACCCAAACCCGGUGGCGGUUGCGAGAGUCACAAGUUUGAUGCGAUUGAAUUUGAAGAACAAUUUGUACUACAAGAACAAGAAGAACAACAUAUCCUAUUCCUAUUCCUAUUCCUAUUCCUUGUCCCUGUGCUGCGUGGGAUUGAGAGCGCCUAUGGGUUUUGGCUACAGUUCCAGUUGCUUUGAUGAUCAACAUCAGCAGCAACAGCAACAGCAACAGCAGCAGCAUGAUGUUGUCGUCCAGGAUGAUGAGGACGAUCUCCGCUCCUUGUUGCAGAUUCUUCCACAUGAUUUACACGAAAAUCUUCUCAAUGAGCCCAAAAGAGCUCGACUCUUAGAGGUUAUAUUGGAUUUGGGUCGUAUGCCGGAAGCACGCUAUCUUGGUGAACUUGGUGGCCAAUAUUUAAGGAGAACAGUGGUAUCGUUGGAAGAGUUGGAGCAUGCUCAAAAUGCUAUUGGAGAUUUUGGGGGGGAUAACAGAGCUGGUAUUGAGGGUACCUUGCACAGAAUAUCAGCCAUUAAGAGUAGGAAAGGGCUGAUAAUUGGAUUGACUUGCCGAGUUGGGAGGGCUGUAAGUGGUCAGAUUGACAUGGUUUACGAUAUGCUUCAAUAUGAGAAGAGCAUCUUGUUUGUUGGAAGGCCUGGGGUUGGCAAGACCACUGUAUUGAGAGAGAUUGCUCGUGUCUUGUCAGAUGAAUUUCACAAAAGAGUGGUAAUUAUUGAUACAAGCAAUGAAAUAGGAGGGGAUGGAAAUAUUCCACAUGCAGCAAUAGGAGGAGCCCGGAGAAUGCAGGUAACAGAACCAUCUAUGCAACACAAGGUUAUGAUAGAGGCAGUAGAGAAUCACAUGCCUGAGGUGAUCAUUGUUGAUGAGAUCGGCACAGCAGCUGAAGCUCUUGCUUGUCGCUCGAUUGCUCAGAGAGGGGUCAUGCUUAUUGCUACUGCUCAUGGACAGCAGCUUGAGAAUAUACUAAAGAAUCCUACUCUAUCUGAUCUGGUUGGAGGAGUAGAAACUGUUACUUUAGGAGAUGGUGAAGCCAAAGCUAGAAGAUCUCAGAAAACCAUUCUUGAAAGGCAAGCACCCCCAACGUUUGAAUUCUUAAUUGAGAUGAGACAGAGGCACUAUUGGGUUACACAUCAGACAGAAAAGAGUGUAGAUAUUCUGCUUCGUGGCAAAAGCCCACAGGUCGAGGUCAGGACAAGGGAUAAGAAGUUCAAGGUUGUAAUAGAAAGAUCAAAGUCAUAUGACGAGUGUGAGGGUUAAUACGUGCUUCAUUUUCUUAAGUUUUACAGGAAGAUUCCAAAAUUCAAAUUUGCGGAAACCCUUGUGUUGUUUUUUCCUAAGGUGAGAAGGCUUUGCUUUA